AUGAGGGUUUCAGAGUUGUCAGUCGAGACCUUACACGCGGAAUAUGGCGUUCGCAUCAAGACCAUGUGGGUUCAGCCCGUGAGUCUGACGCAAAGUGCCCUUCGGUCGGCUCAACUACCAGUACCUCUUCCGUCCAACUUGACCGGAUCAUUUUUGUAUCCCAUCAUCUCUUCUCUCAUACCCUUCGUGUCGACACAUUGUCGUCCUGGCGACCGAAUUUCACCACCAGCUCAUCAGCACUGCUUUGGUUGCGGAGCUGCAGAAAACCCUGGUUAA